AUGCCGGGAGAAAGACUGCCGCUAGGUGGCCAGGGGGCCCACAAGACCACCAAUGCGCCUCCGCUUCCAGCUCAUCGAUCCCCCUCUGGGCGUCCGGGUGGCGGUGCCUUGCCUACCGGUGCAGGUGGCGCAGCAGGAGCCGCAGCAGCGGCAGGUGGGGUUGGUGCGGGUGUUGGAUUGCCUGCUCAUUUGCGGCGGGGGCGUUCUUUGCUGGUGUUGACGCAAGACAAUCAAUACAAGCUGUCAGCUCCUCCUGCUGACCCCCACGGCGCUCGCUCUCCUUCUCGUGAUGCCUGGCGUCCUACGAUUACAACGGGGCCUGCGCAAUCACCAAAAACUCCAGGGGAGCGCGAGUUGGUGGCCCCUGCUUCGGGGGCUCCCCAGGCGGCGCGCCAGCAGCAGGGGUCUAGGCCUGUCAAGCGGUUCAGCUUUCGUGCGGGGGUGGGGCUUUCGAUAGACGCAAGGAGUCGGCAGCUUUCAAGGCGUCUGUCAUCUUUUGGGAUGACAGAGGGGAAUGUGUUUGGUAGUUUAGCUACAAAUGCGCCUUCGGAAGCCCCCCCUUCUGUUGAUGCGGUGCUGAAGGAACAGGAGACAAACGGGAAAGUUCACCUUCAUUCCGCCGACCUCUUUGAACGGUCUUCUCCCCUACAGCGCCUGCGGCGGGCGUGGCGGUGCACAUUGCCUUCAGCUCUGGAGAGCACACAGCUGCGGCUGGUAGAGGCAGAUUGCCCUGUUGAACAUCCGUCUUUGCGGCAGACGCCGGAGGUGCAGCAACAGCUGCGGGGUUUCUUUCCUGCUACCUUUGGGAAGAAGUACGUUGAGGUAGUGCCUGGCAUGGGCAGCGGGGUCGCCUCCCCUAAAGAACCUCUCGAUCACCCCCUGUCGAAAGCACUGAGAAUUGGAAUUGUACUAAGCGGAGGACCCGCACCCGGAGGUCACAAUGUCAUCGCUGGCCUCUACGACUUCGUCAAACAAAAACACCCAGAGUCAAUGCUCGUCGGAUUCAUGGGCGGACUGGAUGGCGUCAUGAACCAAAACUAUACCGUGGUAACUGAGGAGUUAAUGGAGGAUUUCAGGAACCAGGGAGGCUUCGACAUGCUCUGGUCAGGCCGAGGACGCGUCGGGGGAGAAGAGGAUAUUCAGCGCGCAAGGGAGGUCUGCGAGUCGCUGGAGCUGCACGGGUUUGUCCUUGUGGGGGGUGACGGUUCAAACAGCAACGCGGCGUUGCUGGCGGAGUCGUUUGAGAAGGACUUACCGAGUUGCUGCGUGAUUGGAGUGCCCAAGACGAUUGACGGGGACCUGAAGAAUGCGUUGAUUGAGGCUUCCUUUGGGUUUGACACGGCAGCGAAGACAUACUCGGAACUCAUUGGGAACUUGUGCAUCGACGUGAACAGUUCACAGAAAGUUUACCACUUUGUGCGGGUUAUGGGACGCAGCGCAUCGCAUCUGGUCUUGGAAUGCGCAAUGCAAGCCCGUCCUAAUUUGGUCUUCAUUGGAGAAGAAGUGGAGAGAGAGAAUAUGUCCCUUGAGCACAUCGUUCAAGAACUCGUGGACCUAGUUGUCAAACGCGCAGAACAAGGCAAAAUGUACGGCGUCAUCCUCGUCCCUGAAGGUCUGAUUGAAUUCAUCCCAGAAAUGAAACAACUCAUUAAAGAACUCAACAGCGUUCUCAAGGCUGGACAGCCCUUUAAGCCAGAGCUGCUGAAGACAACUCGCGCUGUUUGGGAUUUCCUGCCUGAUGUCAUUCAAGAUCAACUGCUCAUGGACAGGGAGAGCACAGGAUACAUUCAGGUCGCGAAAAUAGCAACCGAGAGGCUUCUGAUUCUUCUUCUGGAGAAUGAGCUGGUCAAACAGGGCAAGGAUCCGGAGCAGUGGAGUUUUAUGCCUCACUACUUUGGCUACGAAGGCCGGUGUGCCAUGCCUUCAAACUUCGACGCAAAUUACUGCUACUCACUAGGCUUCGUCGCAGGUGUUCCGUUCACGACAAUGAUGUGCGUCAAGGAGGACGCCAAGGGUGUUGCUUUCCCUGCCAUCACGCGUUCCUUAGUGGACCUUGACGGGCCUCUCUUCAAGGUUUUUUGCGAGGCUCGCGAACACUGGAAGUUUGGCGACUAUUAUCGUGUACCAGGGCCGAUUCAGUUUGAAGGACCUACUGCAGACGAACCGGCAUACGCAGUAUCAAUUCCAACAAAGGAGGAGCUCCUGCACCAGUCUGAGGCUAUUUGUCAUGUCGGAGUUGGAGGGCGGGUGGUUAAGAGCUUCGGAUUUCUCAGCGCUCUGCAACGCGAACGACUGACACAUCGGCCGCCGGUGCCUCCGCUAUGCCUGGAUCCAAAGUGCAAGGCAAGGCCGAUGAAGCAGGUUCUGUGCAAGGACCCGUAUACCCAGCGUCAGGUGCUAAUGCACUAUCCGUAUUUGGCGAACAGCACAUUGUUCUACCUUCAUGAAGUGGCGCACGAUAAGUACACUCCGCCCAUCAAUUACGGCCUCCGUGUAGGAUUUGUUCUGUUGUCAAGACAAAGUCCUGGGGUAAUGAACGUUCUCUGGGGUCUUCACGAGCGACUGAAGAUGGUGCAGGGGAAGUGCUUGGCUUUCUUUGGUCUGACGGGAUUGAUUGAGAAGAAUUAUAUUGAAAUUACGGAUGAGAAUCUUGAACUGUUCCUGAACCAGGGUGGCUGCGAACUAACAGGACGCAGCACCUCGCAUUGCUUGGGGUCCGUUGAAAACCAAGAAGCCGUGAGGCAGCGCUGCGAAGAGCUGAUGCUGGACGGGUUAGUCAUGCCAGGCUCGGCGUUCGCCAUGUCGGAGGCUGCACUGGUUGCCGAGUACUUCCUGGCUCGCCAGUGCCGCACUUCCAUCAUUGGUAUUCCCGCAACAGGGAGCAACAAUUUAGCUGGCGAGUUCAUCGAGACGUGUGUCGGCUUUGACAGCAGCACCAAAGUGUAUGCGGCCCUCAUCGGCAACGUGCUGACGGAUGCCGCCUCCAUGCCCAAGUACUGGCAUUUCAUCAGGCUCAUGGGCAGGCAGCCGUCCUUUGAGGUGUUGGAGUGCGCAUUGCAAACCCAUCCGAACGUUGUUAUUAUAGCGGAGGAAUAUGGAGCUGCUGACAAGACACUUCUGCACGUCGUACAGGACAUCGCAGACGUCGUCUGCCGUCGUGCGGAGUUGGGAAGGAACUUCGGAACGGUCUUGAUUCCAGACGCGCUCUUGAUGCACUUGCCGAACAUGAAGAUUCUGUUGGCAGAGCUCCGAAGAAUCAUCAGAGAGGCCCAGGCAAAAGGAGAGAUGAAGAAAGCCCAGGUAUCGCAACAACUUAUGGACGUGGAUAGUUGGGCGGCAAACGAACCGGACAGCUGGAACUGGCGACUAACACCUUGGAGCGCUGCCCUGUUCAAGACUUUCCCGAAAUUCAUCCGCAGAGAACUCGUUCAAGUGGACAUGGGGGAGAUUCGUUUCGAACGGCUGGAGACGGAGGAGCUAUUGGCCCAAAUGGUGAAGGAAGAAUUGGAGUACAGGGCGUCCGUAGGUCGCUACUGUGGCAAGUUCCAGGCGGUGACGCACUUCUUCGGUUACCAAGGACGGUCUUCAAUGCCUUCGACUUUUGACGCGAACCUCGCAUACGCUUACGGGAACCUGGCAUCGAUUUUAGUGGAGUCAGGCGUGACGGGCCACUGUUGCAGCAUCCGCGGGUUGUGCGGCAAUCCAAAGGAAUGGCAUCUAGGCUCUGUGCCUUUCGUGUCGCUGAUGCGCCUUGUGCCAAAUGUCCAGGACAAUCCAACUUUGACUGCCGCAACGCAGAAAACAGGCACAUCGGCCGCAGAUGGAGUAAUGGACCGCACUUCAAGGACACCAAGUGUCACUGAGCAGCCAGUUAUUCCUAGUUCUGAAGUCAGCCUUGACGGCAAGGCCUACAGAUGGAUGAAGACGGCCUUGGAACAGUGGAUGAUGGAAGACAGGUUCUGCAAUCCGGGGCCUAUUCAGUUUUAUGGUGCGUCACCUGACAUGAGACGUCAGCCCCCCUGCGUCGGCGCAACAUUCUUUAACCGCGUGCUGUACGAGGAGCAAGCAGAGUAUUUCGACAUGGUGCGGCGUGUUGAGUGUUACACGAACAUAUUACGGAACACGUGCAGCUUUGGAGUGUCUGACCACAUCCUAAAGCACGCUUUCGUCUCGCUUACAGGGUUGCUCAUGUUAGUUUUUCACUCCGAUGAGCUAACAACGCGUAUGCCGGCUUUAGGCCAAAGCGAUGAAACCGACUUCACAGACGUCGAACCCGCGGCACUCCGCAAGACAACAUGGAGGGACCAAGGGGGCCAGCUGGGGCGGCCCUCGUCAUCUUCCAAGCACCCGGGAAACUGA